AUGCAUUACAGAUACGCCAAAGGUUUUGGGAUCGUCAGAUACAUAUUCGGCGAAAAUUCCGCAAUCAACGUGCCCAACGGACUCACUGGGAUGUUAUUCUACAUCCUGUCGUUCAUGUUGAGUUGUUCGGACAGGCAUAAAAUCGUUAAAGUCCACUACUACCUGGCAAUCAUGUCCAACAUUUCCACAUUUUACUUGGCUUCCGUGUUGAUGUUUAUAGUUCGGGAAUUAUGCUUGGUUUGUUUGAUCACGUACUUUAUAAAUGCUAUAAGUCUGUUGUGUGUGUCGUCCAAACAACGUAAAUUGUUGUCGUUAUCUACACACCAUAAACCUUGCAAAGCCGAUUAA